GGCCUGGGUUCCUUUGAACCCACCCAGGCUGUGGGUUCCUUGUGAACCCAGGCACUGGGUUCGCAAGGAAUCGAACCCAGCAUGCUUGGAACCGAACCCAGCACGCUUGCCUGGGUUUGAUGGAACCCAGCAUGCUUGGGUUCGAUUCCUUGCGAACCCAGCACCUGGGUUCGCAAGAAACCCAAGCGUGCUGGGUUCACGUCUGGCACUGGGUUCGCAAGGAACCCAAGCGUGCUGGGUUCGCAUCUGGUGUUGGGUUCGCGUUUGGUGCUUGGUUCGCAUCUGGUGCUGGGUUUGCUGGGUUCGCAUCUGGUGCUGGGUUUGCUGGGUUCGCAUCUAGGUUCGCACCGAACCCAACAUGCCUGGGUUUGGUGGAACCUAGAACACUUGGGUUCGGUUCCUUGCGAACCCAGGCGUUGGGUUCGCAGGAACCCAAGCCUGCUGGGUUCGCGUUUGGGUUCCUACAAACCCAGCACGCUUGGGUUCCUUGUGAACCUAGGUGUUGGGUUCGUUUGCAGGUGCUGGGUUCGAAAUCGAAUCUAGCAGGUGGUGGGUUUGAGCAGCUGUUGAGUUCCUGCAAGUGAGGCUCUGGGUUUUGUUUCGAACCCAGCAGCCGUUGGGUCAAAUAUCUAUUGAGUUUAAUCUGUUGAUUUGUUGUGUUAUCCUCGAAUUUAAUAUUAGGAAUUAGGGUUUGCAGAAGGCCGCUUCGAGUUGGCUCUAUGUGUAUCCUAGAGGAAUUAAAGAUCUCUUGCUGUAUACAAAGAGGAAGUACAAUAAUCCGGUCAUUUAUAUCACUGAGAACGGGGUUGAUGAGGUGAAUAAUUCCACACUGCCCCUAGAGGAAGCCCUUGUUGACAACAACAGGAUUUACUACUACCAACAGCAUCUUUCUUUCCUCCAAAGUGCCAUUCAGUAAGUGCUUCUCUCUCUCCCUUGUGCACGAAAAGAGAAUGUU